AUGGUGGAGCUCGAUUCCGAGCUCGCGGCGCGCAUCGAGGCCGCGUGGCGGGCGCGAAGCUCCCAACCGAACGGGGCGGAAUGCCCUCAUACCGACGAGGGAUGGGAUCGGAACUUUCGCGGGCGGGACGGUGACGUUCUCGCAACCAGGGGCUACUACCCGAGGGUUUCGGGCGAGACCGCCGCGACGCUCGCCUCCGCGGGGAUCCAGCUCGAGGCAGGAGUCCUCGGCUACGGUAAGAGGUGCACCACGAAGCCCGCGCGUCUCCUGCGCGACGGCUCGAGCGUCGCGGUGAAGAUUUACCACGACGUGCACCGGCCCGUCGCCGACCACCCGCACGAGGAGGGAGCUCCCUCGCGCGAGAUAGAGGCGCGUCACGAAGAGAUCGCCGAAUAUGCGCGCGAGAUGAACAUCCAGGCCGGGCGCGACAUGCACCACCCCAACCUCCUCCGCAUCCUCGCGUGGUCCGCCCGGCCCAGGGAUUGGCUGUGCUGUGAGCGCUUCGACUGCACCCUCUGGCAGCACGUUCGGUCGACGCAGCCGUGGAGGACCCGGGCGUCGCAGUUCUUCAGGAUCCUCGCGCCCAUCACGUGCGCGGUGAAGUUUUUGCACUCCAAAGGAAACGUCCACAAGGACAUCAACUCGCACCACGUGCUCAUACGCCUCGGCGCCGACGGCGAUUACGCCGCGGCUGUGCUCUCCGGGCACAAGAUGUGCAAGGCGGUGUCGAGCGAGCGUCAGGGAGCGAGCGGGAUGGGCGGAAACAUGACCCGCAGCUCGACGCAGUCGUCGAGUAGGCGCGGGAAUAUCUCGUGGAUGGACCCCGCCUGCCUCGACAAGCCCUACACCCAGUCUUGCGACGUGUACUCGCUCGCCGUCAUCCUCGGCGAGCUGCUCACCGGCGAGGAACCGUACAACGGCGAACCGGUGGGCGCGGUGGUGCUGAAGAAGAUGAGCGGCAUUCUGCCGUUCCACCUCACGUCCGAGACGCGGACGGCGUGGCCGAAGACGUGCGAGCUGUACGAUCACGUCACGCACCGCAGGAGCGACGGGACACCGAACGGCACGCGGUGA